UGGGAGGGGCCGGCUGAUACAAAGAAUGGGAGGGUGAAAGAGAGAAACAGCACUGCACUAAAGGAGAGGGAGGGUGAGUGAGGGAUGCAGAUCGUGAGGGGCACUGUAAGAGAGGAAGCGAUCCAGCGGAUGAGGAGAGGGGGUCUCCAGUUUGGAUGGGCCCAGCAGUGCCUUAAUGGAGCAUGGGUCAGGUUUUAGGGUUCUCCCAUUGCAAGGAAUUUGGAACUGUGAACUCAACGCCUGACUCCACCCCUUCCUGCUCAGAUGGUGGAAACGAGGAGUCUGACUUCCCCGAACUGCAGACAGCCAGGGAAUGGUCUGAGGAUGAGGAAGAUCCAGACAUCGAUGAUGAUGAUGAUGCCUGUCUCAGCAGCUCUUCCAUAUGGGGCACACCCCGUCAGAACUCUUUCGAGCUCACCUUCUCCUACAUUGCCUUCUCUGACAGUGACUCCUCACUGCGGAGAGACUCAGGGCGGCGCAGGGCCGGAGGGAGGGGCAGCCGUGGUUCGUUGAACCGCAUGGAUACCACAGAGAGCCAGUUACCUCCGGACUCUCCCGCUGCGGAGUGGGACCCUCAUGCCUACCUCCCUGUGGAAGGGGAGGGAGAUGCAGAGAACUUGGAGAGGACUUUAAAAACAUCUGCACAUGUCUGGGUGGAGGAGUUUGAGGAAAAAGACGCAACAAUGUGCAAAGGAUCAGAGGAGAUCUCAGGCACUCAGAUGCAUAGUUUAAAGUACAGUCAUCAGGAUGAGUCAUCAACAGAAUCACAGCCUCAUGGGUCAUACCCUUGUGUUGCCACGGAACCCGCAGCCCCCCUGCAGACGGCGGCUCUUGCCAUUGGUCGAACCACUCAGGAAGAACAGAUCUGUGACCUGUGCUACUUACCAGAGGGACCAACAGUUUGCUUGGAGAUAGCAGUAAUGGACCUGAUCUACUGGAAUAAUAUGGAGCGCACGGGCAUGGUGUUCACAGGCCUGGUAGUGGGUCUUCUGUCUCUCUUCCAGCUGAGCAUCAUCACUGUGGUGUCCACUCUCUCCCUGGCCAUCAUGUGCUUCACCAUCUCUGUGAGAAUCUAUUACAAACUGCUGCAUGUGCUUCAGCUGGGUGACGGAGUUAACCCCUUCCAGUCGUAUCUAGAGUUGGACAUCAGUUUAAGUGGGGAAGAGGCUCAGCACUACAUGCAAAAGUCUAUUGUGCUGGUCUGCUCUUCUGUGGACUCACUGAGAAAUCUCAUCUUCGUGGGCAACCUGUUCAACUCACUCAAGUUCAUGUUGUUGAUAUACUUGGUGACGUUCCUGGGAGCCCUCUGUAAUGGCCUUACCCUGCUCAUCAUGGGAGUGAUUGGUGUCUUCUCUGUACCACUGUUCUACACACGACAUCAGGAUAAAGUAGACAGCUCCUUUGCAGCGGUACAAGCCCAUAUCGACAGCAUAAAGGACUUCUUUUGUCGUCUUGCUCAGGGUGGCGGCCCACCCCCUGACCCCACCCCUGGUGGAGCUAAACCCAAAGCCCAUUGACUCGUCAUACAAAGAAGGGAGGAGCCACACGCUGUCAAUCAAAAAUGUCUUAAUUAGCAUUUCGUGCUCAGAGUCACGCCUCGACAGCAGUGGGGGCGGGCCUAAUGAGACACGUGGCGUGGAUAUACGGAGGACCAUGCAAAGAACAAUCUUGGAAACGUUUUGGUAAUGUGAGAAGUUAAAGACAAGCUGUUUUCAUUUCCACAGUUUAAUGGCAGUAUGGGCGAAUGAUGGUCACUCGUCUGGUCUGAUGCAGCUCUACAGAAACACAGACCAUUGAGAUACUUCAGCCGUCACUACAGAGUUAUCUGAGCUAUUAACAUGAUGACUUCAGUGAAGUAACAACAAAAUCCAGACUGACUUAAGUUUGCCUGCCAAAAAGAUGAGACUGGAUGAAUUUCCAGUUUUUUUUCCACUUAUAACAAAUCUCAAUGUGUUUGUGUGUUAAAGUACCUAAGAGCUAUUAAAAUGACAAUGUUUUUUCCAAAGUUUGAU